AAGGUAUAAAUAAAUGCGCGAGGUUAUGUCUUUAUCAGUUUACAAACAGACAUCAACGAACUGUCAGAGAAACGUCAAGUGCAAGAACGAAUUCGAAUCCGUCCUUAGAUCUUAGGCCAGAAAAAUAUGACGCAGGAAGAUAAAAAAGUGAGACAGAGAGACGUUACUAAGGGAAAAAAAGUUGAAUCUUCUAAAAAUGAUGAUAAGAAAGACACUCGAGAGGAUGAUACUCCAGUGGAACCGAAAUUUGGGCCUAGAGUAUCAUUUCCUUAUCAGAAAGUCUGGUCGCGAUGUGUGCUGAUCCUAGGAGUCCUGCUAAUUGUCUGGUACAACAGUAGACGUGGCAAGGAAGUGUCAUUUGCGCGACAAAAAGACAUUCUCUUAAGUAGAACUCAGAAUUUAGAUUGCGCUAAUGACUACAAAGCUGAGAUGGCCACGUACCCAGGCUGCAUGCCUGAGAAAUGUGGCCGCGUUGUCACUGAUAAGCUGGUAUCUAACACCGAGACUGACGUGCUGUUAAAAAUAGCUCUCAAUGGAAUGAAUCUAGGCGGUUCUGAUGGCGGCGCUACUAUCCUAGACCUCCACUCUGGAGCUCUGAGCAAAGGAAAAAAAUUCAUUGAUGUCUACUCACUCGAGCAGGCUGCUAAAAUAUUUAAUCCUGCAGACUUCGCUAUUUACAAAGUAGUUAAGACGAAGAUACAACACGCAGUAGCGCAUCACUUUGGUGUCGAUGCUGAUAAAAUUUAUCUAACGAAGCCAACAUUUUUCUCCCGCAUAACCAACGUCUCUGCUAAAACUACUCACGAUGAGUAUUGGCAUCCGCAUAUAGACAAGGAGACGUAUGAACAUUUUAGUUACACAUCUCUCUUGUAUUUAAAUGACUUCGGACGUGAUUUCGAAGGCGGGAGAUUUAUUUUUAUUGAUAGUAAUAACGUUAAUUCUACAGUUGAACCCCGCAAAGGAAGAGUAUCAAUGUUCACAUCAGGAGGAGAAAAUCUCCAUGCAGUUGAACCCGUGACUUCCGGUACAAGAUACGCACUCACAGUAUCAUUUACCUGCAAUCCCGAAGCCGGGAUAACGGAUCCCAGUUUAAAGACUUCUAAAAAACGCACAUGAGUCAGCCAGAUAACUUGACAUAUCAAUCAGUAUUCAUCCAAACUUGUUACCUUGAUAUUUAUUACUAAAUAAAUAAGGAAAAUGAAUAAAAAAUUACAAAAUAAAGUAAUAUAAAAUUGGGA